AUGACGUCGUCAUCGUCUUCACCGCCGUUGACAAUAGCCGUGGUACCAGUAGCGAAUGUUGAAAUAAAUAAUGAUAAUAAUAAACAAUAUCUAUGCUUAUUUUCUCUCAUUACUGCUGGAUUAUUGGACCAAGACAUGGGUUCAGAUGAACAGGAAAUUAUCGAAAUGAUUUAUCUUAUUAUUGAUGCAGAUCAAAGAAAGAUGGUGGCUUUACAUCGUCAAUACAUACAACCAGUAUUCAUAGAAAAUUUGAAUGAUGAAAGCAAACAAACAAGCGGAAUUGAUGAAACACUGCUAUUUUCAUCAGAACUUGAUCUUAAUGGAGCAUUGAAUAAAUUCGAUGGAUUCUUACGUGAUCGGUAUCUACAUCCAGAUUUUGGUGUUAACUUAACAUUUAUUUGUGAGAAUUGUCUUCAUAUACGUCAAUGUCUUCAUCCGGAAAGUGUUAAAAAAUCAACAAUACCUUUGCCGAAUUAUUACUGGUCUUAUUUUGAUUUGAGAAAUGAAUUUAAACACAUGUAUAAAACAACUGAAUGUUACAAUAUAGAUACUAUGCUUGAAAAAUUGUCAAUUUCACCAAUAGAUGAAAUCGACUAUUGUAUGCGACAUAUUAGACAGAUGGAAUUAAUUGUUUAUCAAAUGUUAAAUAAUGGUUACCGUUUUGAACAACCCGAACAUGUUAUGACUCACUUACAACAGGGCAUAUGUUCAUUAGAAGAUAAUAUUGAAGAAAGUACAGUCGUUAGAGCACGCGGUUUACCAUGGCAAUGUACCGAUCAAGAUGUAGCCAAAUUUUUUCGGGGGCUUGAUAUAGAAAAGGGCGGUGUUGCCUUAUGUCUUAGUAGUCAAGGACGUCGCAAUGGCGAAGCAUUAGUUCGUUUUGUAUCAGCUGAACAUCGAGAACUGGCUCUGCGCCGGCACAAGCAUCACAUUGGACAACGUUAUAUUGAAGUAUAUAAAGCAUCGGGACGCGAUUUUCUCAAUAUUGCUGCAGGAUCCAAUUCAGAAGCUCAAGCAUUUCUACAACGCGAUGGUCAAAUUAUUAUUCGUAUGCGUGGUUUACCAUUUGAUGCUACAGCUAAAGAUGUGAUCGAGUUUUUUACUCGCGGCGAUACACCAACAUAUGCAGUUGAUGGUGAAGAUGGUGUUUUAUUUGUUCAUUAUCCUGAUGGUCGUAGUACAGGUGAUGCUUUUGUCAUGCUCAAAACAGAAAAUGAAGCAGCACAAGCGUUACUUAAACAUAAAGAAAUUAUGGGUACACGAUAUAUUGAACUUUUUCGUAGUACAACAGCUGAAGUACAACAAGUUUUUAGACGCAGUCAAGAUCCGAAAAAUUUUCAAACAUCAUUAAAAGAUAUACCUUUUGCACCUUUGCCAAUGUUGCCACCUGAAAUGCUAAGUGGUGCAAAUAAGAAAGAUUGCAUUCGUGUUCGUAAUUUACCUGUCGAAUGUGGUAUUGAACAAAUAUUGGAAUUUCUCGGAGUUCAUUCACAACAUAUUGUGGCACAAGGUGUUCAUAUGGUCUAUAAUGCACAUGGCCAACCAUCAGGUGAAGCAUUCAUACAAAUGAAUUCGGAAGCAGCUUCAUUCAAUGCAGCAGCACAUAAAAAUAAUAAAUACAUGUUUUUUAAUGGGAAAAAAAGAUAUAUUGAAGUAAUUCAAUGUUCAGGUGAAGAUAUGAAUCAAAUUUUACUUGGUCUUGUCCCAUCAAAUUUGAUUCCAGCUAAUGUUCAACGUCAACAAAUGUUUUCUCCUCAUCGAGCAGCACCACUUGUACCAAUAUCCACUAUUCCACACCAAAUGCUUCCACCAACAAUGCCUAUGUCUCUUGGUGCUUCAUCGCAAACAACAAAUAUAUCUAAUAAUUCUCUUUCAUCAUGUCAAUCUCAAAAUUCAACUAAUUCGGCAGUUAAUGGUCACGUACAAACGACUGCUAUGAAUGGACUUCAUCCGAAUGCAACUUAUUAUCCUAUGCAAGUCUUUUACUAUCCUACACCGCCGAUAUCUCCAUCGAUUUAUUUGCCAACAGGACAAAUGCAUCCAGGACCUGUCACACUUGUUCUACGAGGUGACAAUACCCAAUAUUAA